GAAACUAUGGAACGUGGGAUCGGCGCGGUUUUUGGACCGUUCCAUCUUGAAUCAUCAAACAUAGUGCAGUCACUUUGCGARACUAUGGAAGUUCCGCGUAUAGACACUAGUUGGGAAAACACACCUAUUAAAAAUUUCAAUUUUUAUUUCAAUCCAUAUCCUGARCCAACAUUGCUAGGAAAAGGUUAUACGGCUAUUGUUCAUGAUAUGGACUGGAAAUCAUUCACGUUACUCUAUCAGCGACCAGAAUGUCUUCAGAGAUUACAAGACUUAAUCCAAGAUUAUUCGGGAAAAACAAAACCUAAUGAUAAACAAGCAGCAGCUAUCUCUAUURUACAAUUACCUGAAGGCAAUAAUUUUAGACCGAUUUUAAAAGACAUUAAGAAGUCUUUAGAAGGUCACAUUGUACUUGACUGUGAUGCAGAUUUAAUAUCAACUGUAUUCAAACAAGCAAAAGAAGUCAACUUGUUGGAUGACUAUCAUAGUUUUAUCAUAACCUCAUUGGAUGCACAUACGGUAGAUUUUAGUGGUAUUGUGCAGAGCUUGCGUACAAAUAUAACAACUGUCCGGUUAAUUGAUCCAUUAAGCCCAUCUGUGGAAAAUAUCGUGAGAGAUUUGAAUUUUGUUCAACAAAGAAUGAAUUUGAAUAUGGCGCCUUUGAAAGCUGACAAACUUACAGUCAAUGCAAUACUCAUAUAUGACGCAGUAAAUGUAUUUGCUAAAGCAUUAAAAGGUCUCGGUAUGACAAAUAAAAUCAUCACUGAACCACUCCAAUGUAUAAAYUCGCCAUUUAUUCCUUGGUCCAAUGGAUUUAAACUUAUAAAUUUCAUGAGAGUAAUUGAAACUGAAGGACUGACUGGUCUGUUACGCUUUGACAGCAAAACUGGUCAUCGAUCAUACUUUACACUAGAAAUGGUAGAACUAGUUGAUACUGGUUUUAAAAAAAUUGGCUUAUGGGAUCCAGAAAAAGGUAUGACUUAUACGAGAACCAGUCUUGAAAUGCUUCGUGAUUUAUACUCCGGGAGUAAGAACAAAACAUUUAUUGUUUCAUCAAAAAUCACAGAGCCGUAUUUAAUGUUAAAAGAAGGCCACAAUAAACUAGAAGGCAAUGACAAAUAUGAAGGAUACGUGGUGGAUCUUAUAGAAAUGAUUGCUAAAGAAAUUAAUAUAACUUAUGAAUUUCGUUUAAGAAGUGAUGGAAAUGGAAAACGUGAUAAAAAGACAAACAAAUGGAAUGGGAUUAUUGGUGAAGUACAGGAAAUGAGAGCYGACUUGGGGGUCUGUGAUUUAACAAUUACUCAUGAAAGAAGGUCUGCUGUGGAUUUUACCAUGCCUUUUAUGAACUUGGGUAUCAGCAUAUUGUUCAGUAAACCAGAAGAACCCCAAACCAAUCUUUUUUCAUUCACCCAACCACUUUCCUUUCAAGUAUGGAUAUUUACAGCAACCGCUUAUUUAGGCCUAUCCCUGGUAUUAUUUUUUUUGGCCAGAAUCACACCAAAUGAAUGGCAGAACCCUCACCCGUGCAAUCCUCGUCCAGAAGAAUUAGAAAACUCUCUAUCAUUGCUCAACUGUUUAUGGUUUUCAAUGGGUUCCAUUCUCUGUCAAGGAAGCGAUAUUCUGCCUAGAGCGUUUCCAACCAGAUUAUGUGCUGCUAUGUGGUGGUUCUUUGCUCUUAUUAUGACUCAAUCUUACACUGCUAACUGGACGGCAUUUUUAACAUCGAAUCGGAUGGAAACAACUAUAAAGAAUGUAGAAGAUCUUGACAAAAAGGGAGGAACAGAAGGUAUCAAAUAUGGAUGUGUAACCGAUCAAUCUACAGCCAGUUUCUUUCAAAACUCAGAUGUAAAUUUAUACCAAAAGAUGUGGAGUGGUAUGGAACUAAAUGGGGAUUCUGUGAUGGUAUCCGAUAACAAACAGGGGGUGGAUCGGGUGAAGAAGGAGAGAAAUCAUUAUGCUUUCUUUAUGGAAUCUAGUUCUAUCGAGUAUGAAGUUCAGAGAAAUUGUGAUCUCACAGAAGUGGGAUAUUGGCUGGAUAACAAAGCCUAUGGUAUUGCGAUGCCAUUCAAUGCUCCUCACAGAACGCUUGUAAAUAUGGCUGUAUUAAAGCUUUCAGAAUCAGGAGCGUUAAUGAGCCUAAAAAAUAGGUGGUGGUCAGUAUCUGAUAAUAAAAGGUGUAAGGAUUUAAAAAAAGACACAGCUGAACUCGAUGUCAAUGAAGUUGGUGGUAUGUUCGUGAUUUUAAUACUUGGCUGUCUUAUAGCAUUUUUAUUCUCUAUACUCGAAUUUUUAUGGAAUAUAAGAAAAGUAGCUGUUGAAGAAAAGUUAACACUUUGGGAAGCAUUCAUGGUGGAGUUGAAAUUCGUGUUGAAGUGUCACGGAACAUCCAAACCGGUGAGACAUAUAGAAGACAGUUCGUCGGAUAUAACUGCCAAAUAA